AUGUACGGACAGUCAAAUAAUCCCGAUCCUCCCUCACAGCCAGAAUGGCGACUUCCUCCGCGUCUCCCCGCGCAGCCGUCGCAGCCGUCGCAAUCAGGGCCUCCUCCUCCCCCUCCUCCUCCACGCCCCCCUGUUGCUCAAUAUUCACCAGCUGCUACAUAUUCACCGGCCACCUAUGGACCGAUUUCCAAUCCACAGAGACUACCGUCACCGAGUGGUGCGGAUACAACCACGUGGGGACCCCGACCUUCAAGUACCAAUGAGCAACGAUAUGCCUAUGGGCAAUCUCAGCCGCAUCCAUCUGUCACCACUCCUUUUCACGGCACCCCAACCCCUCCGCCCCCACCUCCAUAUACACCAACACCACCCAGUGUUCCACAACCACCCCCAAAGAUCCCACAAAGCAUACAACAUGUACCAACCCCAGAAAGCGAUCAGCCAGGGCGACCUCCGCUACUCGCGCAGGGCGCAGGACCGGCUGCGAUGACUGGAUCUUACGAAUUCCGCCCUACGCCUAUCCUCAAUACAAAUACUACAUCUGUCGGUGCAUCGGCUCUGGGUCUUGGAACACCAUCGGACUGGGAGCACCUUGGACCGACCCCUGGACACUUCGAUGAUGCAGCGUGGUUCCCACCUCGCAGGACGCCCCCUCUGCAUCACGAAGGGGUUCAACCACCAUCAAGCCUCCCGGUCGAUGCUACCAACGUGUUUGUGGGAAGCGAGUCUGACAUGGUCGCUCGCCCGAGAACAGAUACAAACGAGACGCUUUCAAGUACUAUCUCUGGGGCGACACAGUCGGGACGCGGUAACUCAAAUUCACCCGUCAGUCCAUGCACGACACAUGGAAUACCAACACCACCUCCACUGGUUCGCGUGGAUACCACCAACUCUGCCUUGUCUACGGGUGGACGCUCAGAAAGCAUCGAUAAUGUAAUAGAUGCAUGGGUCCGUCCGUUAUCGCCUGCGCAUAAACCAGUUCAACCGGAACAUCAGGGCCAGCCCGGCGCAUUCUAUCACAAUAGCCCAGUAGAGCGCUCACAGUCAGCGCAAACCAGCUCGUCAUACUUCGACCAUUUGCGAUCGAACUCAAAUAGUUCUGCACGAAUAGUCGAAGGACCCAGAAGGGCGGCAACGCCAAAAAACCAAGACCCUUUCGAAGAUCUAGACCCCUGGUCUAAAUCAUCGUUGGAAAGAUACGUCGCUAUGCUGCGCAAGGAGGCAGUGGCAGACUUGGAUGAAGAACGAUAUAAGAUUUUCACGGCUUUCAUGGCCAAAGAGACCAAGCUCCGGGAGAUUCUCUAUAAUAUUGAGCAUGAGCCUGAAAGUAAACCGCUGACUCCGCGAGCUCCGGACCCUGCUCCACCACAACCGCUAUCUAUUUCCAACAAAAGCGACCCACCUGUUGAGUCAGGACUAAUACCCGUUGCGUCAGAAGAAACCCCGCCUCUCUCGGCGGUAACAGCGACAGAGGAUGAAGAUCUCGAUGAUGUUCGCAGUGAGUACAGUUCAGGUGGCCGGCCUCUGCUCGCUAAGCAAGCACAACGAGCCUCUCAAUUUGUUCCUAGUUUAUCUACUGUGUCCUCGGGCACAGAGUCCGGUCUGUCAAGACCCUUAUCGCUCAUGUCGGCAGAUACGCAGAAGCAGGUCUUGGAGCCCUUGACUACAAACCCCCCGCGACCCAUAUACACGCCAUUCCAGUAUACAGAGGGUCCUCAGCGAGGCUCGGACAACCUCACCUUCGCUCGCCCGGCCUAUCAAGCCUACUCUGAUCUGCGGCAAGCUGCUGUCAGCGGGCGAGUCAUGUCAAAUGCACCGGGACCUACGUCUCGAUCGAGGUCAAACACUGCCCUUGCUUCUCCGGCUCAGAACGAUACUGAUGAGACCUUCCUGGGCCUGAUCCGUCACAAGAGCGUCGCUUAUUCUAAACCAGCUGAGCGAAAAUCUCCGCCGCUUCCAUUGCUGCCAGAAACUCUUCGUCAAGGCCGGCCGAGGGGCCUCGUGGAAGAAUUACGCACCAUCGUAUGGACACCCUUAGACAAACACUCUGAAAGCUCCUGGCACAUCACUACUCGGGAAGAACUCCAAAAAUUCCCUGAUGAUUUGUCGUACAUCGGACGGACCGUUGGUCAGUGGGAAGAAACAGCGAAAGCCAGACGGCAAAAGCUGGAACAGGAGCGCGUGGCUCGUCAGGAUGAAUCGGAGCAGCACAUCGAUGAUCUUUUCAAUGGGAAGGAGAUUGGGUAUGCAGACAUCAAUACCUUGGAAGAAGACUUUCGGCAAACCGAAGCUCGCAUCCAAUUAGAGGAGGAACGACACGAAGUAGACGAUUUCGUGACACAUGUCUUCAACCCCUUAGAUGAAGGCCUGAAAAAUGAAAUUUCAGCGCUUCGCAAGUCCUACGACUCUGCUCUCAGUCAACUUGACCGUGAUCAACAGGGCAAAGGCUCACCAAGCGAGCGAGGCAGCCCAUCUGUGACCAUGAAAAUGGUUAACGACAUUCAUAACAAGCUUGAGAUCCGAUUCCAGAAACGGCUUGAGAUGGCCCUUGAUUGUGAGCGACGACGGAAGAGGGCUGAGCGGCGACCACUUGUGGUUAUGGGUGAUAUAGCUGGUCUGCAAAAGCUAGACGGAGAAUUUGACCAGAUGGAACGGCGAAACAUUCUAGAAGCGUGCAAGGAUCGUGAUGACCGAGCCAACCGACUGAUGGAUUCAUUUGACGACGCAAUCCUGAACGGGCUAGGUAUAAAUCAGACCCUCCUAGACGAGGUUGCCUCGAAAGCAGCCCGGCUAGAUACCGCCACCCUCCGAGCCUCCGGUCUACCGGAUUCUGAGAUUGAGCAGAUUCUCAAAUCUGCAGCAACUUUUGCUGCGUCCCUCCGAGCCGAUUCGGAGGCCAUCAUCCGCAGCGCUGGGGUUGCAGAUAUGGCCCUAAACGACGCCGACUAUGGAGUCUCCGAUGAGCUGAAUUCAAAGUUGCAGAGCAUUCAAAAGGGGCCUUUGCAGAUUGAGGCCACAAUUCAACGCCUCCUCCUCGGCUUACACAGUGACCCACAAGCCGCUGCCCCGGUAUCUCCAGUCCAAGAACCUUUCCCAACGAGCCCAUCUGACGAAGUGCCUCCUCUACCUCUAAGUCUUCGUCCUUCGGCUACUACCCCAGGUCCAUCUGCCAGCCCAGCGCCCAUGAGCCAAAGCACGGAUGAUGACUUAGAACAUAAACAGAGGCUUAUCAGAGCGCUAGAGGCAGCCAAGCAGCGCAACGCUGCUAGGAGCCACCAUUGA